AUGAAUGAUCAUAUAAUCUUAUCAUCGACAGCUUUAGCUGUCGAUCAUAAUUUAACUUUAACUUUAUUAAGUAAUUCGACAAUUGAUUCUAUAGAAACAACAAAUAAUUGUAGUGUGGCAUUACAAUAUCUCGUUGUUGAACAAAUUUUUUAUUUAUAUAUUAUGUCUCCAAUAUGUCUUAUUGGUCUUAUAUUAAAUGUAAUUAAUUUAAUUGUAUUUUUUGAUCGUUCAUUUAAAAAUUUAACAUUUAAAUAUUUACGUCUUAUCGCAUUUGUUGAUUGUAUAACAUGUAUACUUGUAUUUAUAUAUUGUAUUACAAAUUAUACUCGACCACGUACAUUAAAUGAUAAAUAUUUUCGUAUAUGGUAUUUAGUUAAUGUUUAUUUUCCAAUGGCUAAUAUAACAGCAGCAUGUAAUGUUUUAUUAACAAUAACUGUAACUAUUGAACGACUUGUUAGUGUACGGUGGCCUAUGUCAAAACAACGUUUAUUUAGUGCAAAUCGUGUCUUAUUAACUUUAAUUAUAUGUUUUCUAUUUCCAGUACUUGCUAAUUCAGUUAAUUUUCUUGUAUAUAGAGUUGGUGAAUGUAAUAAUUUUGAUGUAACAAUAAUAGCAACAACAAAUGCAUAUAAAUGGUUUGGUAUAUGUAAAGAAAUUCUUUUACGUUUUAUUCCUAUAUGUAUAUUAAUAUGUUCAAAUUGUCUUUUAUUAUCAACAGUACAUGCUGCUAAUAAAAAAUUUAAACCAAAAACCAAAUCCGUACAAAAUCCGACAUUAACAACAACAAUGUCUAUAUCACUCCAUCCGUCAACGAAUGGUCAUGAUACAAAACCAAUUAAUAAAUAUAUAUCAGAAUCUCAAUCUCAAACUGAUAGUCUUAUACCAACAUCACUUGAAGAAGGAACAAAUGGACAACAACGACCAUCAUUUGUAUCAACAACAUCAAAAAGUAAAAUGCAUAUAAGAAAACAACAACAAGAAAAACAAUUAACAAUUAUGCUUGUUUGGUUAUCAUCACUUUAUUUAUGUGGACAAAUUCCUAUGUUAUGUGCUUAUCCAAAUUUUAUUUUUAAAGAUACAAAAAAAAUUUCAUAUAAAUAUUAUGCAUUAGUUGUUAAUUUAUUAGAAUUAAUAACAUAUUUGGCAAAUUUUUUUAUCUAUGUGAAAUUUACAACACAAUAUCAACUAGUAUUUCGUACGAAAAUAAAACAAUUAUUUUUUUGUUUCUUCAAAAGUUCAUGA